AAACAGUUUCAAAAGUGCCGUACACUCUAAAUGCAUUAAAAAGAAAAGUUUCAUUUUCAAUGUGCUAGAAGUGUUUACAAAACUACAUAAAAAAAUUAUAUAAGAAGUGAUUUAAUUCGAGAGACAUAUUAAGAAGUUUUUUGGUGAAGAAAGAAGAAGUAAAAAAUGUGGAAUAAAGUAAUUUUAAUUCUCAUAUUACAAAUUUGUGCUCAAAUAAGUGCCAAGAGUAUUUAUCGUGGCAAUCAUAACGAACGACCAGAGCAAGUGGCUGUCAAUCAACAUGUCUACUAUCCACAACAAUAUGGUCAGGCAUUUCAGGAUCUGACAUCAUAUAUGCAAAAAUUACAGCAGCAAGGGUUAAUACAGCCUAUUGAUCAUAAUUCAAAGCCUUUUGUUCUGCCGCACAAUAGCUAUGGAUAUGUAUAUCCAUCUUAUCCAACUUAUCAGGUAGCCAAUGAACAACAAAACGUGGCAACAGCAGCAGUUCAAGGUAGUUAUUAUUAUCAACCUUACUUUAUUCCUAGCAUUAGCCAAGAUUAUUAUGGGGAGCAUAAAGUGGAUCAUAAUGAGAAUUUGUCGAGUCACGGAACAAUUGGACAUAAUGUCAAUGAUAACAAGCCCAUCAUUAAGCAUGUGAAUACGACAAUACAGAAAGUUAGUGACAACAUAGAGCAUAAAGUAAAUGCCAUUAAGGGUUAUGUCGAAAAAAGUGUACAUGACAUUAAUAAGCUUGGCGAUGACGUUUAUCAGCAAGUCGGUAAUAAGGCAUCGAAAAUUUUUGAUUCCAUUAAUAAGAAAUUGGAAAAGAUUGAGCAUCAACUUCAUUAUGCACGCAGCGAUGAUGAGAAUUUCAAUUUUGAUGAGCUUACAAUUGAUGAUGAUGAUGAGGAAAAUGUUGAGGAUAUGGGAAGAACAUUACUCGAUGAGAAUGAUAAGACUGAGCUAAAUGUCGUUUAUAGUGAGCCAGGCAUGACACUAAGCAACUUAGAAUCACUCGAUGACGAGAUGAGAACAGACUUAAAAGGCUCCGUAACGAACGCAUUAAAGAAAGCACACGAUAACUUUAAUAAAUUGAUUGAGGCGAAGGUAACAGCCGUCAACAGUCGUGUCGAGAGUGUUUUUAAUAAAUUGAAAGCGACACUUGAAAAAUUGAAGCUUAAACAGCCAACUGUUGAUCAUAAUGAAGCAACAACACCAGUGCUACCAGAGUAUACGACAAUACAAUGGAAACCGAAAGAAACGACUUGGCCACAUCAGACACAACCUGUUCCUGUUGUAACACCAGCUUAUUAUCAAUAUACAGCUCCGCCAAAUGACUUCUUUUACGAUAGUUUUAAGUCAAAUGAUGAAGGGGAUGCUGGUUUGAAACGAACCGAUAAAAAUAUUGAUGAUUUGGUGGUCACUGAUGCUGUUGACGAGACAAAAGUUGAUGAAGUAGCUCCUCCAAAUGAGAGUGAUGUUGUAUUUACUGAAGAAGCUGAAAAGUCAGUUGAAAAUGAUGAACAAGUGACUGACAAUAAUGCACAAAUUAUUGAGAAUAACACAGAACUGAUUGAAGACACAAAACCAAUUGAAUACGAUGCAGGAAGAUCAUAUGACGAUGAAUUAAAAAAUGAUAAUGACAUGCAGACUCAAAUUGUAGAGAAUCUCAAAGAUACAUUGAAAUCUGACUAUACACCUGACAUCCUUUCAUCAGAAACUGAUAUUGUUGAUAGUGCAAAAAGCGAAACAGUCGAGAAUCAAAUUGAUGAACAGGAGAUAACAAUUGAAUCAGAUCCAGCUGAGGAAAUGCGAACUGACGAUGAAAAAUUGUCAAAUUUGGAUGACGAGAAAAUCGAUAAUGCCGAUAUAGAGGAUGAAUGGAGGAGUUUUACAAACGAACAAGAAGAAACUGUUGAUGAUCAAUUGGAAGAUGAUGAAGAAGAGGAACCGGCAAGCGUAUACGAUGAUUUUGUAAAGUCAUCUGAAAAUGAUGAAAAUGACGACGAUGAAAAUGAUGAUAAUGCUGUUCAUGAUAUUGAUGAAAUGGAUAUGCGCUCAAUUGACGACGAGGAAAAGAACAUUGAUAACAAGGAAAUUCCAUCCGACACACCGAACGUCGACGACGAGGAAAAGUAGAUUGAACAACAAUGACAACAAGUUAACGACUAAUCCUUCAUCACAAUUGACUUGUUUCUUAUUCUAUUGACAUUCUUCUACAUUUUUGAUUCCACUUUUAAUGCUUCUCUAUAUUAUUAUUGUUAUUUCCCGCCAAAAUUUUUAUUAUUUUGCAAUAUUUCUUAAGUUCUUCAAAUUUUCUAAAAUUUGACUAAUUUUUUCAAUUUUUUAAAACACUAAAUCUACAAAAUAAUUUCAAAUUUGCUCCAUAACCCCAAAAUCAUCUUACUGUCAUUGUAACCCCACCACUCAAAUUUCCCAUAACACCAUUGUAACCCCACCUAAAGCUCACCUUCAAUAAUCAUUGUAACCCCAUCACACAUUCAUAUAUCAUUAUUUUAUUAACAAUAAAAAAUUUAAUUAUAUUAAAUCAAAUUUUUAUUUUGUCGUUUUUAUAUAGACCUCCCAUCUGACGCCCCAGAAAAUUUUCGUUUUGAUGAAUUAAGCACAAUACAGCUCAUACCAAUAAUUAUAACGCAAUUAAAGAGUAACGAGUUGACAGAUAAUGAGA